AUGUCAAAAUUCACACUAUUAUCUUUACCACAUGACAUUUUCCGUGAAAUAUUUUCCUUUCUGUUACCUGUUCAUCAUCAAACUGCCAACACUUCAUCAAAUAAUUUCAUUAAUCUACAAAUUGAUGAAGUAAAAAAGAGCAUCCUUUCACUCCAAUCCACUUGUUCCUUCUUUUUAUCCGAAUCUUUGGAAAUUUCUAAUUAUUUCAAUGAAUUUUGGUUGAGUUUGAUGGAGAGGGAAUUUCUUGGCCAUUCUCUACUGCAGGAAGAGAAGAAACUUAGAGAAAAAAUCAAGAAAAAAGCCAAACGAUACUAUUGCAUGUUAGUGAGAAUGUUGCAGAUUCAGUAUGAGGAACAAUUGAUUCCAAUAAUGAAGAAAAAUGAAUCGAAUAGUGUUGGUAAUAUUAAUCAAAAUUCUCAAAUGAAUGUUGAGGAUUUGAAAUGUAAGAUAUUUUGUAUUGGAGAGUAUGGUUCUGGAAAAUCAAGUCUAUGUCGAGUACUGUCUGGUGAAUUUUUCAAUUCUCCAUAUGAGAUGCAAAUUGAGGAUACUUAUUUGAAAGAGUUUCGAUAUUCGGAUGCUAAAUAUCAAUUGGAAAUUGUGGAUACAUAUGCAAUGGAUGAGUAUGUGUCCUUACAGGAUCGGAUGAUACAGAUUAGUGAUAUAAUUUUACUAACAAUACCACCACAACCUUAUUGGAGUAAUUAUUCGAAGGAUAAUCAAAAAUCAAUAGAGCACAGUUACAAUUUUUUGGAUAAAUUGCUACAGAGAAUUGUUCGUAUUAGAGAGGUCAAUAAUAGUCCAAUAAUCAUUGUUUUCACAAAGUGUGAUAUUACAUAUGGAGAACACGAUGAAAAAACUAGGGAAUUAUAUGUGAAACGAGUUCUCAGAAAGAACAUGAUCCUAAAUUGCUCAAUUGUACACACUAGUGCAAGGGAUGGUGUGGGUAUUGCUGAACUACUCGUUGAAAUGAUUAUUCGAUACCGAACCACCACUGAGACUAAAGAUUUCAAAUAUGGACUCCAGAAACAAUAUUAA